AGCAGAUCAGCCUGCGCGCGCGGCCGACGCGCCAGCAGCACGGCCUCGCAGCACGUAAGGCAGGCCUAAAGCGGACACCGGCACUCCACGAGGGGCAGCCCUUCGCUCGCGCCGCAUACGCGCGCUGCGCAAAGCCUCAACAGACCGCCACGCCCUCGACGCCGCGCGACGCGCGGCCGGGACGCCACGGACCAUGGGUACCGACCGCUACAAGCGCCAUCCAAGGAACAGAGACGACCGCGACGACCGGCGGCCCCUCCGCAAGAAGAAGAAGGAGCGGCGCCGCCGCCGCGACGACGACCGCAGCGACGACGACCGCAGCGACUACAGCGACUACAGCGAUGAUGACAGACGCCGGCGCCGCAAGCGCAAGGAGCGCAGGGAGGAGAUCAUCGAACCCCCGCAUCAGAACUACAACCAGUGCCCGCUCUGCGAAGAUACUGAGCCGCCGCUCUGGCGCCGCGGCUACGUCAUCGGGAGCACGGACCGCGAACCGGACUACCCGCGGCUCGACGACCCGGCCCACAUCAAUUAUCAAGGACCGGAAUUACCGGACGCGUUUGCCGCGCAUUAUCAGCCCGGGAACUACUGUUUUGGCACGGCCUUCCGCGAGUCGGGCUACGUCAAGCCGCCUCCUCCCGUUCCGAAGGAGGUCGUCGAGGAGAAAAAAGAUAGAAAACUGAAGAAGCGCCGCGAGAAGCGGGCUCGUCGCGAAAAGGAGAAGCGCGAGAAACCCGUCCGGGAGCGCAAGGCGAAGGCCCGCGACUACCGCACGUUCCGCCACCGCCACGACAAGUACGACGACGAUAGCGCGUCGGACGAGGCCGGCUCGGACUCGGACUCCGAGUCUGAAUUAUCAGAGGACGCGUCGUCCUCCUCAGAAGAGUCGGAGGCCGAGUCCGUGACGAGCGAGGGCCGCGCGGUCCAGCGACGGAGGCGCAAGAAGAAGCGCGAGAAGAGGGAGCGCAAGAAGCAGAACAAGCGCGACGAGCGGAGACACCAGAGGCGGGAGCACUGGGUCGAGGUCGACUCGAAGCGCUUCCGGCGCCACGCGCGGCCCUUCGUCGUCCGCGCGCGCGACUGCGAGGAGGAGCGCGUCAUGGAAAGUUAUGGGGCGUCCUGCGUCUGCUCCCGAAGGUGGGGCGAGGAGUGGGCGCCGCGUCCGGCCGAUAGGGGCCUGAAGGACUUCGAGCGCAGCAUGGCGCGGUGCAUGGCGGAGCGCGGCUUCUGAGCGAUUCUGCCCCUCCCCGCGUUGGCGGCGGGAGCGCGCGCCCCCUUUGUGUAAGAGCCUCGGGCGCUAAUUUCGCAGCAAGUUUCGCAG